AUGGCUGUUAUCACAAUUCAUUUCAGUCACUCUUCCAGUGAACAGGAAUGCGACACGGCUGACGAAAUUGACGAAACACCAUGCGAUUUCAUCCGCUUACAAAUGUCGGUUGAUGAUGUGACCAUAGACGGUGUCAAAGUUGGUCCGAACAAGACCGAGUUUCUCUACGAACAAUUCAUGUUCAACACUACUGUACUGGAGCAGGAUGGAGUACGUACAGUCUUCUUGUAUUGUGCCACAUCGCCUGAUUAUGAAUGGCGUCUGAACACGCAGAUGCGAAUAAAGACUGGUAGUGCAAGCUCAUCGCUCCUAAAAGUAGUGGACAAGGAUGUAUUCGAAUUCUAUCCGAAAUGCGAUCCCAUAUCAGUGGAGCUGAUGAGCGAUUCGAUAUCUGCUGUGAAAUUCGAACUUCGUAUUCUUAAUAAGUUAAUCGAGCCGCUGCCUACAUUCCAAGAAGGCAAUUUGACGGUUUUGUUCAGCGACGGUUCAUCGAUCAAAGUCCAUAGGGAGCUUGUAUCCCUGUACUCCACUUAUAUAAGUAAAAUAUAUCCAACGCUGAGACCCCUUUACCGUAAUAUGCGGGACUUUGCAAAAGCUGCCGUCUCAUACCAGGCUGCUACGCUUGUCUACGAACUCUCAAAACAUUUAGUUAACUACAAUACAAGAUCCAUGUCUCUUGAGCAAAAGCUCAAAGCCGCCCUCGAUUUGGAACUCGGUCCAGCCGUGGAGGAGCUUGUAUACAGAGCUGCUCAAGACGGUGUGUGGACCCAUCUCAUCAAACUAGGGUUCGAGCCCGAAGAUUUCUUUGGCGUUGAAGUUUAUCGAAAGCUUGUAUGUCCAGCUAUUCUUGCCGGUCGUCAGAACGAGUACGGCAAGCCGUUCAUUGAGAAACCCUUUACCUUGCCGGACUUCUUCUCGGAUAAUGCUAUGAAUGAUCCCCUGAAUACGACCUUUGUGUUUCGUAGAACACCAUUUUUCGUCAAUAGGCUCCUCCAAGCGCUCUUCACUCGCGAGAUGGAAAAAGAAUGCGCCAGAUUUGAAUUGCUACCUGGCGAGGUACCGCCACGAUUUCUACGUGCAGCUAUUGUGUUCUGUCACGACCAUGACUGGAUUCACAUGAAAAAUCAGCUGGAACAGAAUCUUCUCCAGCAACCUCCAAACACUUGCGAGGAAUACCGCGAUCAAAUAAUCUUUGCGGAACAGUUCAACCUUCAAAAUAUAGCUGCCACCUGUAACGCCUUUGCGCACGAGCUGCGAAAAAGUGACGAUUUCAACAUGCUCUCCGCGGCAACCAGAAACUUAUUGGUGGAUCGUUUAUGUAGUGGCUGGGGUCUCGAGCCGAAACAUGUGAAUAGACUGGCAACCAGGGAGCCCAGCUCGUUCCGUGAAAGAAAAGCUGGACUGAGCUGUGGUGGACCACGUGCUUUCGAAGAAGAACGCCAAGUUGCCACACUGGCCGAAAUGAAUUCCGAGUACUAUUUUGGCCCCGUGGGAGAACUCUGUGUUGUGGACUCUUAA